AUGAAAACUGUGUUGUCCUUUCUCGUUGUUGCCCUUUUGAGCCUUCCUGGUUCGCUGGCUCGAGUUGGAACUUCUCACGUUGCCGAUGAAGAUGAUCAUCAUCCUCGAGGACUCGAACGCGCCCUGGAUGAUGCCAUCAACUACCUGAAUCCAUCCACUAUCGACUACAAUCGCGAGGGCAAAAAGAUCAAUCCAAGCAAAGGUGGAGACUUGUUCGAUGGCUACCCCGACUUUCCUCACUCUUCAAUUGGUUUCCUGUGGCAAGACGAUGACGAUGCAACGAUCAAAUGGAGACCUCAAGGCAUCAGUGGUUUCGAGUACGAUGGAAAAGAGUACUUGUUGGUGUCAUGGUAUGGCAAAAAGAAGAAGCGCAGGUUUGACUAUCGCAACCGCGGCUUUCGCGUCAGCUUUGUUGACAUUACCGACAUGGACCGCAUCAAAUAUCGACACAUUCUCUUCGUCGACGAAGACGGCGAGACUUACGAGGACUGCCAUGCCGGGGGCCUCGCCUUCAAGGACGGUGUGCUUCACAUCCCCGACUCCAGAGGAUCUAAUGACCAGAUCCUAACCUUCCCUAUCGAUGCCAUUGAGGAGGUUGAUGCCGACUCAUACUACAACUAUAGGCUCCUUUCUUCAGAACACAGAUGA